CGGAGGGCACUUCUAAACAUAUCAUGGGUGCAUUUGUUAUUAAUUCUGAAAAGAGUGUAGAGAUAAAGCUUGUGAAAAUAGAAUAUGACGCUGUUGAGGAUCUAUAUAAAGUUGAUAAUUAUUCACGGAUAGAAAGUAUGUCUAUAUUAAAAGCGAUGAGGAAGAGGUAUUAUGCUGUCUCAUAUACUUGGGGUGAUGUUACUCCAUGGACUAUGGAAUAUAUUAAUUGUAAUAAUGGAGAAGUCGUACCUCUAGACUCGGAGAUAGUAUCAUUCAAUUAUGAAUCUUACUGUAAAAUACAUCACAUUAUAUUAAAGUUGGGUCGCGAUAUGAGCAUUGAAGACAGGCCGAAGUAUUUCUGGAUCGAUGCUAUAUGCAUAAACCAGGACGAUAAAAGAGAAAAAAAGACAAUGAUAUCCACGAUGGAUAAAAUAUUUAAAGGUGCUGAUAAAAUAUUGGCUAUCCCUGAUCUUGGCACAGAUGAUUAUGAAAAUAUGGUUGACGACGAACUUUAUAAAAACUUGGAAUGUGAUCCUUCUAAUGAUGA